AGGCUGUGGUAUAAAUUUUGCCAAUACUGCAGUAAUUUUUCAUAAAAUUAUUUUAAAAAUCUUAUUGAAAAUUAUUUCUACUUAUUUUUGGAGAGGAAAAUAUGAAUGUCUAUAUAUUUUUUCAAAUUCAGUACAAUGCCAUCAGAAUCGCAUAUAAAAACAUAACCUACAAAUUCAUUGGUUUCUGUCUGGUUUGAGUUGGAGAAUUUUAGGUUAUGAUCCAAUUUUUAGUUUUUAUUGGUUAUUUCCAAAAAAUGCUUCCUAGAUGGUUUAAUGAGUGAGCAAAAAUACUUUGAGAGGAUAAAUAGCAAAGAUGUCAGCUAGUCAGAUUUUUGUGAGUAAUAGAGCACUGGGCUAUGUAAGUAAUCACAUUCCUCUUGUCACCCGUUUUAUCAAACGAAGAAAUGAAAAUCUGGUGGUGACAUGUGUUGGCAGGGCUUUUCAUACGUACGGGUGCGCCCAUUUCUCUCUACUAUCAGUCAGUAUUCAAUUGGAAGCGGAUAUAACAUGUCUUGGUGCUGACACAUUCCACGUUUACACUGCUUGCGGCCCUUUAAUCCAAGCAUGGAGAAGAGGGACAGAACUAAAACAUACUUAUAGAGGGCACACUCAUGAUGUUCAUCUGCUGUUGCCUUUUGGACCCCAUCUGAUAUCUGUUGACGAAGCAAGUACUCUGAUUGUAUGGGACGUGAAGGACGAAGAUAUUUACUUAAGUUUGAAUUUUCAAAACAAAGACUUUCAUAUCACAACAAUUUUGCAUCCUAGUACGUACUUGAAUAAAAUAUUACUGGGCAGUGAACAGGGAAAGUUGCAAUUAUGGAAUAUUAAAACUUCGAAGAUGAUCUAUAAGUUUCGAGGCUGGGGCUCCCCUGUCACAGUUCUUGAACAAGCUCCAGCUGUUGAUGUCAUCGGAGUGGGUCUGGCUGAUGGACGUAUUUUCCUCCACAACUUGAAGUUUGAUGAGACUGUCUUGUCUCUUGUGCAGGAUUGGGGAACUGUGACGUCGAUUUCUUUCAGGCUUGAUGGAAGACCAAUUAUGGCAACAGGUAGUGGGUCAGGACAUAUUGUGUUCUGGGAUUUGGAGAAGCGAACAGUGGCUAGUCAGCUGAUGAAUGCUCAUGAAGCAUCGGUGGCUGGUAUGAAAUUCUUGCCCAAUGAGCCGCUGAUGGUGACGUCGUCACCGGAUAACACUCUGAAAAUGUGGAUUUUUGACUUGUCAGACGACGGCGCUCGCCUGCUGCGAGUGAGAGAGGGCCACGCGGCCCCGCCCACCUUGAUCCGGUUCCACGGCAGCAACGGCCACAACAUUCUCAGCUCUGGAAACGACUCCUCACUGCGCAUCUUCAACACGCAACUCGAGACAUUCAACAAAAGUUUGGGUCGCGCGUCCUACAAUCGCAAGGCAUCCAAAAAGAAAGGAAAACGUCUCGAUACACACAUCAUGCCGCCUAUCACAAAUUUCGACUCUGUCACGAUCAGAGACAAGGAAUGGGACAGCAUAGCAGCCGUGCAUCGCGGUUUACCUGUCGUUACAACGUGGUCCUACGACAAACUGCGGAUGGGCGAAUUGAAACUUGUACCUGACAAACUUAAACCGAAAAACUAUCAAUCCUUCGUCCCUCCAAUGGCGACUUGCUUGACUGUGACGAAUUGUGGCAACUUUGUUGUGAUAGGAUACAGUACCGGCCACCUGGAACGAUUCAACAUCCAGUCUGGAAUCCACCGGUGCUCGUACGGCACAUCGACGGCGCAUGCGGGGACUGUGAGGGGCGUGGUCGUGGACAGCAACGGACAGGUUGUCAUUUCUGGUGGCGCUGAUGCUUCUGUUAAGUUCUGGAUUUUCAAAACUCCUGGUGUUGCCCAAUUUGCGUCAGUUGCGAUGGAAGAGCCAGUCGCAUUCUUCUCGAAGCACCGAGAGAGUUCGAUAGUGUGCGUGGCGCUGGACGACUUCAGCCUUUGCCUGCUGGACAUUGACACGAGACGGCUGGUGCGACGGUUCGUCGGCCACAGCGGACAGCUCAAUGACGCCACCUUCAGUCCGGACAUGCGCUGGCUCGUGUCAGCCGCCAUGGACUCUACUCUCCGUGUUUGGGAUAUCCCCACCGGGCAACUGGUCGAUUGCUUCAAGGUUCCAUAUGCGUGUAUUUCAUUGAGUUUUUCACCUACCGGAGAAUACCUAGCCACUGCGCACGUUGAUAACUUGGGACUGUACCUGUGGUCGAAUAGGACAUUGUUUGCGCAUGUCUCUUUGAAGCCACUGCCAAAUGACGUGGACAUUCAGAUGCUGGAAUUGCCAUCAACAACGCAGACAGCUUCCAGCGUUGGCGAGUUGGAUGACAUUGAAGAGGAGAAAGACUACCAGUCACCGGAUCAUCUGGAAGAUCACCUAAUCAGUUUCUCGUCGUUGGCCAACUCCAGGUGGCAGAAUCUCUUGGAUCUGGACCUCAUCAAGAAACGUAACAAACCAAAAGAAGCUCCCAAGGCUCCCAAAGCUGCCCCCUUCUUCCUCCCCACUCUCCCCUCCCUCAACUUGCAAUUCGAUCUGAGGGAUGUGGAGAAAGGAGAUGGUGCCAUUAAAAAGAUAGACCUGAACAAAAUGAUUGACAACCACACCGCGUUUGGUAAACAUUUAGUCGAGUGUGGGAAAAGUGGUGACUUCUCUUCAGCUCUGGAAAAAUUGAAAAGCAUGGGACCUUCAGCAGUCGACUUGGAAGUGAAUUCUCUGUUCGUCGAAGGUGGCUCUUCGACAUUGUUGGAUAUGUUUAUGAGAUUGAUCAAGUUUGUGUUUGAUAGUAAUAAGGACUUUGAACUGGGCCAAGCGUACUUGGGCUUGUUUCUGAAGGUGCAUGGCGAAGCAGUGGCCACCUCAUCACAACUAUCCGCCAUGUUGGUUGAGUUACAGACUGCUCAGGACACUAGUUGGAACAGAUUACAACAUAGGUUCUCUUAUUGUUUAUCAAUUGUUGAAACAUUGAAAAUAAAUUGAAUUUAUAUUAAAUAUCUUAUAUAUUUUCAAGUGUU